UGCUCUCCCUCCACCUCCAGGCUCAUAAAGCUCUGAUGGGACUUGUCAGGCGACGUCACCGUGUCGGCACAGGAGCAGGCGUUGGAGGAGAGUUUCGGCCGGGUGUCAUUCCCGAGAGGAAGAAGAGGGUGUGCUCGACAUUUACCUGUGCCAGUGUCACACCUGUAGUAGGUCUCGUCGUACACAUCGACUAUCACCUCUUGUGCUUUGUGCGGGGUCGUUGGACACUGGCUUCACUCGGGAGUACGACGGACAGGACGGUUAAGAAUGCUAAGAAGAUCCUGACUCGCGGCCCCAACAUGAGUGUGACGUCAUGGUUCCUGGUCAGCAGCUCUGGCACACGCCACCGGUUGCCACGGGAGAUGAUAUUUGUCGGCCGGGACGAUUGCGAGCUGAUGCUUCAGUCUCGCAGUGUGGACAAACAGCACGCCGUGAUCAACUACGACAAAAACACAGACGAGCACAUGGUGAAGGACCUGGGCAGCUUGAACGGGACAUUUGUGAACGACCUAAGAAUCCCAGACCAGACGUACAUCACCCUCAAGCUCUCUGAUGUCAUUCGCUUUGGCUAUGAUACACAUGUAUAUAUCCUUGAGAAGAGUCAACACAAAGUCCCAGAGGAAGCGCUUAAACAUGAGAAGUACACAAGCCAGUUGCAGCUUAGUAUAAAAGCCCUGGAGGCCAAGGCGAAGGAAAAACAGCUCCAGAGCUCCGAGAAGAGCAAAGACUCCGUUUCCAAUAUCAAACUGCAGGACAGGGCUGAGCGAAGAGCCCACUCUCUCACAGCUGCCACAGAUUCUCCGAUAUCCAAGCCCACUCCUCUCUACGGCCAACCGUCCUGGUGGGGGGAGGAUGAGGAUCCAGCCAACAAAAUGCAGAACAGAGGUGGAAAAUCACCAGAGUCUCCAGAGCCUGCUAAAGAUGUAUCCAGGUAUGAGGUCAACGGUUCUCUGUCCGACAGUCAGGCCAAGUCCAUCUUCUCUUACCGCCGUGAGCCCAGCUACUUUGAAAUCCCAACAAAGGAAUCCCAGCCACGACCUGCCAAGAAACCUGAGUCGCAGGUUCACGAGGUUCCCACAAAGGACACUCCAGAUCCCACUCAGCGUGUCUCCUCCACCUCCACUCCUCCCGUGGUCCAAAGCCACGCCUCCUUCACCAUCGAGUUUGAUGAAUGCACGCCAGGUAAAAUGAAGAUCAAGGACCACGUGACCAAGUUUUCUUUCCGCCAGCAGCGCAAGCUGCCUUCAACAGAGGCUGUCACCACACCCACUGAGGUGAUGUCGGCACAAAACAAAGUUGCUGAUUGGCUGGUCCAAAGCAAUGCAAGCAUGAUGAGGAGGAGGUCACGCACUGAAGAAAUGUAUAGCACACACAGUGACCCAUCACAUCUGAAGAUCACCAAGGCAAACCACAGUGAAGACAGCAAUCAUGGUAGUUUGGGGCAUCCUGUAACCAAUGGAAAUGAGUGCCGGGCAUCUCCACAACCCCUCAGAGCCUCCCCACCACAGCGCUUUGCAUCUCCUGACUCUGAGGAGCCAAUGUCUUACUCUCCACCAGAGUCUCAGUCCUUGUCCAGUCUUGGCAAGACUGAGCCUCACCAGGCCUUUGUAAUUGAAUUCUUUGAUGAUAACUCAAGAAAAAAGCGCUCCCAGUCCUUCACCAAUAACACUUCCCCACCUGAGCCCUCAGGCCUCAGGGUCCAACUAGAGAAGACAAGGAAAAGCACAAGCCCCACUGGGGAGAGACAAGUCCCGUCUCCUGCCUGCUCCACUCCCCCGACCCAACGAUAUACCGUCCCUCUAAAGAGCUCUGCCUCUACAGGUCCCCAAAGAGCUGGCUCUCUACGAAGGGAGAAGACAGAGGACCGGAUCAGCACUGGCUUUUCCUCUCGCUCUACAUCUUCACCUGUGUCUAUAAAGCCCUUCAACAGUGUGGGCCGGAGAUCCAAACUCGCCAAGGAAUUUACUGCUGAAUUCCUCAAACAAGCGAAGCAGUCUUCUUCUGCCAGCUUGGAAAAAAAUACAUGUAGUUCCCCAACAGCAGCUAAAACACAGACUAUGGUCGUAUCCCCGACAAGUCCGCCUCCAUCCAAUGCUCCCUACCAGCCACAAACGUCCUCUCCAAUCCACCAGCCUGUUCCCCUCAAGGCACCUGUGAUGCCGCCGGUGUCUCGGAGUGUGGAAGUCAAGAGCGUCAAUGUCGGCCCCAAAAACGAAGAGGAGGACACUCUGAGCGACGCAGGAACCUACACCAUCGAAACAGAUAUUCAAGAUAGGGAGUUAGAAGAAGCACGCAGCAAGAUUGACCAGGUGUUUGGCGUUUUUGUGAGCCCAGAGCGAACCAACGAGAGUGAAGCAGAAACCUCAUCAGCAUUUAGACCUGAUAUUGUUCAGAGCAGGGAGCAGCAUAGGCAGAAUAGCUGUGGGGAGGUGAGGCCAGCCCCAGAACAGGGACAUAGUCUGGUAAAGGGGGCUCCUAAGUGGAUGUCUUGCUGGGCAAGCUUGGCAGACAGCUACACAGAAUCUGGCCCGUCGUCUGGCCUCUUUGACAUUCCUUCCCAGAUGGAGCUGUCGGGAGGGGCGCGAGGCACAGUCGCCGUCAAGGCCACGCCCAGCCGGAACCACGACAGCACCGAAUCUGAUGGAUCAAGAGCUCGGCGCAUCCUACCACAGGUACCGCUAGGGGAGAAGAGUGACAUUCCAACUCCCGGCAUUUAUGUUCAUCGUGACCUGCAUUCAACGUUUGACGCAGAGGAGAGUAGCUCGGUGGGACCCCGGCCUCAGGAUGGCCUUCACAGGUUAUCAGUGCAGGACGACGUAGAGCCUGACAGCCUGAGUGACGCCAGCAAAUCGGAUGACGGUUCCAUCAUAGAGCAAAAUAGGAAACCACUGUCAGACUCAGAAGAGAAGAAAAAUGAGGGCAAACACAGACUGCCAUUCAAGUCUACGUCAUUCUACAUCGGGUCAGAGGAGGAUGCGUCCAAACUUGAACACGGAGACUCAAAAUCCAGCUCUCCUAAAGCCGAAAGAAAACCCACAACCAAAACUUUCUCAACAGCCACCCUGACCAAACCGAAAAGUAACCAGGACUCUGGAAUAGUCAAACCCAGUUCGUCUGCUCCUGUUCUGGGCCAGGGGAGACAGAGUCCAGAGUCCAGAGAGAGCUCUUCAUUAAUCAGACAAGAGAGCUUCACCAAGGAGCGACCUAGCAAUGCCAGAUUGCCCAACAUCUCUAGCCAGCAUGUUCAGAGAGACAUAGACCCCGAAUCAUUUCAGGGAGUCGGCAGUCAGGACACUCAUUCUUACCUCAAAGAGACGGAGGAUGUUCUGGCUGUUCUAGAGGCCAAACUCCAAGCAGCACAACCAGAAAUAAAACCGUCUCCAAUAGUGGACUCUCUUUCUGGGGAGUCUGAUGUAGAUACCUCCAGUACUGUCAGCCAACAUAGUAGCAAGACCAGGCCCAACGCACUGACUAAAAAACCCUCUUUUAGUGGCCUUCAUAGGGAAAGGUCUUCAGCUAGUAUAGCUAGUCAGCACUCGGUUCACCUGUCAGGUAAAUCAGAAAAGUGGCGCUCUCAGGGAGCGGACAGUAAGACUGAGCCUGUCAGGAGGCCGGUUGGACUGAGACGUAGUGUUGGGAAACGUGGCUCCACAGACCUAAGUGAUGAUCCUCAAAGUUUGCCUUACUCUGAUCAGGAGUCAAACAACCACCGAACCUCCAAAAAAUACACAGUGCCCCUUCAGAAAGAGGAUGGUAAGGCCUCCAGAGUGUCCCAGGCCUUGGGUCGUGCCAAUAGCUUAUCAGCUCCAAGACCCACCAGAGCGUCCAUGCUCCGCCGGGCUCGUCUAGGAGAAGCUUCAGACAACGAGGGCACGGAGACAGACAGGCUGGCCCAGGAGGCCAGCAGUGCCCCAACUAAGCAACCCCAGGAAACCAAGAAACUCUCCAGGCUGGAUAUGCUGGCGAUGCCUCGCAAGCGGACGAGCUCGUUCAACACGCCCAGCGACACUGAGGCCUCCUCCACUCCGCAGUGGACGGGCAGGAGCGCCGGAUUUUCUAACCGCAGCACAGAGUCCGGCAGCAGCUCCGUUCGAAAGGCCUCUGUUCCGGGGCAGAAGCCUGUAGAAAGGCCACAGAAGGCAGCGCUCAGCAAGACACCAGUCACUCGUGCACGUUCAAGCAGUGCCAAAUAUGCCAGCAGCACGGCAAGCUCCAGGAGGCGACAGAAAGGCUCUGACUAUACCUCUACCUCAGAUGAGGAGUACGACUCAAAUCAGAGCACUCCUAAACACAAACGCUCCCAACCUUCCUCAGCUUCCCAUAGCCCACGUAAUCAGUACAGGCCUCGGCCUCAGCCUCAGCCGGUGGUCGCCUUGCGUCCUAAAGCCCGCAGCAGAGAUUCUGAGGACGAGAAGCAUGAGGGAGACACCCUUCACAACUGGUCCAACCACAGUGCUGAGAUUGCACGGUUGAGUCAGGACCUGGCUAAAGACCUCGCUAUCUUGGCCAGAGAGAUCCACGACGUGGCAGGAGAUGGUGAGCUACAAAACCCCGGAGUGGACGGCAGUGCACCCGGCUCCACAGUGACCACUCACGAACAGCUGGUUCAUCAUAUUCCGGAGGCUGGAUUAAACUACCAGAGAGUCCCACCAGGUUCUGCAUCUGCACGGGAGCCUGACCAGAGCUCCAGUGACCAUGAACCGACCUACAGGCAGCAAACUCGGAGCAGAGACGAGGUCAUGGUGGACAAUCUGAUGCUGAAUCCUGUGUCUCAGAUCAUCGUGGCCAUCAAAGAAAACACUGAGCAGCUCUCUGACAAAAUUAAGGUAUUGUUCCAGGACAGGAUGGAUAUCUGGCAAGAUAUCGAAGCCAAGGUUAAUUCUGACAAUGAUGUUCCUGUUGUGAAAACCUCCAACAAGGAAAUCACGUCUAUCUUGAAAGAACUCAGGAGAGUUCAACGACAACUUGAGGUCAUCAACACAGUCAUGGAGCCUGGAGGGCAGCCUGAAGGAUCCAAGGCCUCAGCCUCAGCCGUCUCCUCAGCUGGCAUUCGGCCCUCGAGACCUCCCACCUCACGAGACUUUAGGACAGUCCACUCUGCCUCCACGCGUGGCGGUGGACCGAGGCCCGGCGGGAGCAUCAGGAGAGCAGCCAUGACACCAGACGAUCUCAGAGAGGGACAUUUGGUCUGAGAUGUGACGUACAGGCUCCACGAGUGCUGAACGUCUUCUAUAAAGCCACAAACCCAGGUGUCACGCCACAGUGCGCCCAAUGAAACCAUUAAAGGAGGAACUGAUAAACAGAACUGUAGCCUCCUGCACACCUAAACAUACACACUACCGCACCAUGAACACUACACAGCUACACAGUGAAGCCUGCACUAAAUGCCCUUAAAAUACACUCAGUCUGAGGCCUACAUACGAGGCUGAUUUAUGGAAGUACCAAAAUAUUUCUAUGAAUCGUGCCUUCUCCUCUGACAGGUAUCCAAACUUUACUUGAUUCUCUGUGUGUCAAGAGGUCGACCUCUUUAUUUGCCAAUGAUAUGAUCGAAAUUGCUGAUUUUUAAAAGCUCAUUGUAAUUACUUGGUUUAUAUGAAAACCAGCCUGAGCGUAAAACUCUCAGGGAAAUCUUCUAAUGAAUGAGAAUUGUAAGUUUAGUGACAAAUCACAUUUUUCGAGGAAAUACUACAUUUGUUUUUGUUUUGGGUAGAAAGAACUGCAGUACCAGCAGAGCUUCAUGUUUUGUGUUCAGUAGUACUCACUGCAUUUCCUUUAUAUGUAUAUAUUUUCCAUGUUUUGUGGACCAGAUUUAUCGAAGAAUGUAAGAAGUAUUUAUUGGGGGGUCUUUUGUGAGACACUGUAACCAAGACAACAUGACUUUGGGAGAGUUAAUAGAUUCUAGUGCCAGACCAAUUAAUGUUAUUUUACACAGUUGCUACCAGCUAAGUCUCUUUUGUAUUUAUUCUGGAUCACAGUGAAGUAACUCCAGGCCCUCCUCAGUUCGUUGGACACUACAUUUUGCCCCAAGUGGAGAUGAAAAUCCUUUAGGAAUGUGUGGUCCGACUGGUAGUAGAGGCUCAGCCUGUAGUUUAAGUCACCUGGCAACCACAAUCUCAAGUGACAAUAAAGCAAGAGUUUUCAAGCAUA